AUGUUUCCUGAAACAACUUUGACUAUGGACCAUUUUGGCGCAUUUCAGUUACCCUUUUAUGUGUGGCUAAUCAUUGCUGUAGUGUGUUUUAUCUUUCUUCUAAGUUGUCUAAGGUCCCUGUUUCAGUGUUACAAGUCAACUAAUUACACAGGUACUAACGUAACAGCAGACCCUACCACCAUUUCUGCUAUCAAUUCUCAGUUUAAUACGGGAUACCAAUCAAAUCGAGAUAACAGACCUCAUUUCGAAAGUCAGCAUUUUCCAGGUUUUAGAGUCCCGCAGUUGGAACCCAUUCGCUUAACUACAGCUCCUAACCAGGCGUAUUUGCAGAACACAAACUUUACUAUAGCUCAAACAACGCUCAUACAAGAUUUACCUCCAAGCUAUGAAGACGUCAUUAGACAGAAAUGA